AUGUCUACUAAACAUGAUCCACUCUUACUUGCCUUUCCCACCAGAGUGUGCCCAGAGCUACUCUGUACCUCCGACUUGACAUUCUGGCGUCUACUCUUCACGGUACGCAGUCUUGGGCCAUGCUCUAUCUGUCACAAACUCAUCGUCGCAGGGUUGNNUGUCCUCUAUGCUGCUUUCGUGGCGCGGAAUGUCUUCUUCGGCCCGCUAUCUCACAUACCAGGUCCGAAACUAUGGGCUGCAUCAAACAUACCCAAAGCAAUCAUGCUGUGGACCGGCUCCGAGGCACAAACCAUGUCAAAGUUACACGAAUUAUAUGGUCCUGUCGUGCGGACUGCUCCUUGUGAAGUCAGUUUCAAUGAUGCUUCUGCCUGGAAAGCCAUCUAUGGUCACAAGAUCGGNGGUAAGACUAGAACCUUUGAGAAGGACCCAAGGUUCUAUACUACUGAUCCCAAAUCGACAAAGCAUAUCGGCACUGCCGAUGACGCUAAUCAUACUCGACAACGCCGUAUACUGGCAAACAGCUUUUCUGACAAGGAGCCUUUACUGAAGCGAUGGGCGAGUCUAUUGAUCACGAAAUUGAAAGAAGUUGAGCCUGCUGGCAAGUCUGUUGACAUGGUCGCAUAUUACAAUUUUACCACCUUCGGCGAACCGCUGUACAUGCUGGAAAAAUCAGAAUACGCUCCCUGGGUGAAGAACAUAUUCGGCAGUGUCAAGGUCAUUGGCAAGUUCGUAGCGGUCAGGCAGCUUCCGUUCAUGCCUUGGCUGCUCCCAAAACUCAUACCAGAAUCUGCACGCCGCAAACAAAGAGAAAACGAGAAAUACUCAUCUGAUCGAGUGGAUCGCCGUCUUGCUCGUGAUCCUGGUCGACCGGAUCUCUGGACAGAGGUCUUGCGACGAUCCGAUGAUGGCUUUGGAGACGCUACGGCUGGCAUGUCGCUGCGUGAAAUGCAUGCAAACGCGGCCGUUUUCAUGAUGGCAGGCACCGAGACAACUGCGACUCUGCUUUCAGGUCUAACAUAUUAUCUCCUGAUCAACCCAGACAAGCUGGCCAAGUUGGCAGCAGAAGUGCGUGGCGCCUUUACGCAAGAAAGCGAUAUCACUGUGGACGCGCUGGCGAAGUUGCCAUAUCUUAAUGCUUGCAUCGAAGAAGGUCUGCGCAUUUAUCCACCCGUAUCCGGCGGUCUGCCACGCAAGGUGCCUGUGGAAGGUGCAACGAUCGCUGGAACAUGGGUCCCUGGAAACGUUUCGGUGGCAGUCAACCAAAGAGCCACCUACCAAAGCACCACGAACUUCCGCAACCCCGCCAGAUUUGUACCCGAACGCUUUCUAGGUGACCCAGAGUAUGCGAACGACAAUUCUGCUGCCCUCCAACCCUUUAGUCUUGGACCUAGAAAUUGCAUUGGCAAGAACUUGGCUUAUCACGAGAUGCGACUUCUUCUGACGAUGUUGCUUUUCAACUUCGACAUCAGUCUGGAAGAGGAGAGCAGAGAUUGGGGCAACCAGAAGGUCUUUAUAUUCUGGGAUAAGAAACCUUUGAUGGUCAGAUUGAAGGCUGUGAGAUGA